AUGCUACUGCUGUUACUGCUGCUGCUGCUGCGGCCCGCGAGUUGCUUGGGCGCUGGCAAAGUGCCGGGGGCACUGUCCACGGAUGCCCCCGCCGACCUUGACGCCCCCUGUGCCCCCAGUGCCACCUGUCCCUCAGGCGGACGUCGCUUCCCCCGGCAGGCUGCCACUAGCCAGCCGCCCAGGACCCUGCAGUACUGUGCUUCUAAAGCCGACGAGGAUGAGUUCCUUUCCCCCUGUGGCUUCUCCUAUGAGCGGGACACCACCCUCAGGGAUCCGGAGGCCAUGGCUCGGCGGUGACCGUGGAUGGUCAGUGUGCGGGCCAAUGGACAUAUCUGUGCAGGCACCCUCAUUGCCUCCGAGUGGGUGCUGACCGUGGCCCACUGCAUGAUCCAGAGUGAUGUUACCUAUUCAGUGUGGGUGGGGAGUCCAUGGGUUGACCAGAUAUCCAAGUCUACUGUCGACGUCCUGGUGCAGCAUGUCAUCGUGAACAGCCAUUAUCGGUCCCAUCGGUACUGGUCCGGGGUCGGCCGGGCCAAUGACAUUGCCCUCCUUAAGCUUGAGCGGCCACUCAACUACAACAAGUAUGUCUGGCCCAUCUGCCUGCCUGGCUUGGACUCUGCGCUAAAGGACCACGCCCUCUGCACUGUGACAGGCUGGGGACUCCCCAGGGUUGAUGGUAUGUGGCCCCAGUUCAGGACCAUCCAGGAUAAGGAAGUCACUAUCCUAAACAGCACGGAGUGUGAAAGCCUCUACCACAGGUUCUCCAAAAUCCCUCUGAUUCAGAUCAUCAACUCCCAGAUGAUUUCUGCAAAGGACGUCAACAGGAACAGUUUUGCUAUGUGAAUAAGUGGUGAGCCCUUGGCCUGUCCUGUGGAGAGCAUAUGGUACCUGGUGGGAAUGGUGAGCUGGGGCCCAGGCUGCAAGAAGAGCAAGGCCCUGCCCAUCUACCUACACAUCUCCUCCUGCCAGUAGUGGGAACGCCUCAAUGGGCAGACGCUGCCAGCCCCAUCCAGGGCCCUGCUCCUGGCACUCCUGCUGCCCCUCAACCUCCUCGCUGUCCUCUGA